ACACUGUUCUUCAAGGUCGAGGCUAUGUCAGCUGUUGAGGACGUUUUUAUAAUCAGUUGUUUGUCAGCCUUUGUUUUCGAAGGUAGACAAUCUUACUGGGAGUAGACAUAGCGAGUUUUCUCUCUUUUUCUAUUUUGCAGAGUGUACUUUUAUGACCGCAACAUUGCUUAAUUUAUUUCGUGAUGUACAAGCAACCAGGAAAGGCGACAUAAAAGCGUAUAUUUAGGCUAAAAGUUGACAAUGCGACAUAUAUUUCGGCGAAAGGUAAACAAUUCAGCGACACCUCAAAUACAGAGCGACAAAAAGUGGAAAAUUCUCAUUAUUUCUUCAUGACAGGCGAGAAAAGAGACUUUGGCUCGUUUCCCUAUUAUUUUCCGCCUAUUUUCUAACAGAGUGUCCCUUUUGUUUACCUGUCGUUCGCUUUUUGUCUUUAUUGGUUGCUUGAGUUAAAGGACACCAACCAUAUUGACACAAACAUCUAACAGCGUUACAUUAUGGCGUACUUAUAUGAUUAAUUCUCUCUGGCUUUACUAUUGUGAUUUGAAGUAAGACUCUUAGGUCCUUAUCUCGUUUCUUACCGAUCUUUCCUUGCAGCAUAACGUACUCUAGGUGAAGUACUUCACCCUGAUUUCCAUCAUGUAGCCGCAAAUACUGUAUGCUAGAAGGCCGUGGUAUGGAAGUAUGACUUAUUAAUCCUCGUCGAACGUCUUAUAGGAUCAGAGCCUAUAGGCUUUCAAUGUGAUAUUCACAUACUAAAUGAUUGAUUAGCUUUAUGUCUCCAACUGCUAAACUUAAAAGGACAUUCUCCCUACUGGUGGGUUCGGAUAUAAUUAUAAAAUUUCUUCUUCCUAAUGGGAUUAUAAUACCACUCACAGUGAAUUCAGAGUCAACAUUAGAAGAAAUCAAAUUACAGCUUUGGAUUUCCGCAGCGAAAUUACCGUUAUUUGAUAUAUUACAAUCAAAGAAUGACUACAUAUUUGUUGGUGUCAACCGAGAUACUGGUGACGAAGAAGAGUUUUAUGAUAUAAAUCGUCGACUUCAUGAAAUUCCACUUCUUUUACCUUACUUACGUGUUGUUGAAACUGCAAGAGAUACUACCCUAUUAAAAAUCAGUAAUCAGAAUGCUGCAAUCUCCAGUUGUACAGGUAUACCACAUACAGAUAUCAUACGUGCUUGUAGAACAAACCCUGAAGUAAAAUGGGCACGAUUACGUCUAUUACGCGUCGCUAAUAUGCAUACAAAAGCACUGAAUCAAACCGGAUCAGAUGGUUUGAUCCGUUACUUAACUUCAGCUAGUAAACGUGAAUUAAGCCAGUCAUUAAAAGUUCUUCUCCAAAAGCAAACACAUCUUACAAUAACAGCAUGGGUAUUAGAUGGUAAAGACCCACCGGAAAAAUGUCGUGUUGUCAUCGAAUUAGAUAAGAAAGCUACUGUAUUUAACGCUUUAAAUGAAAUUUUGCAUGCACAAGCUGAACUGGCUAGACAAGAUUGUCAAGUUAAAAUGAGUUAUGGUCUGCCAGAGGCAUCAAAUUACUUACUGAAAGUUUGUUGUUCGCAAGCUUAUCUAUUCGAUUCGGACGAAUUACUCAUUCACUAUGAAUAUAUACAACAAUGUAUUGAACAUUAUCAACAUCCUUGUUUAAGUCCAAUAUUAAAAAACGACAUUAAACAAAGUUUGCAUAACUGUCUUAAUGAAUAUAAUAAAAAUCCUAUUUAUCAACUGAAUCAUGACAACGAUAGUUGGAUAAUCUCUCCGAAAUCCACUCUAAAUACCUAUGCCAGUAACUUUGAUAAAAGCAACAAUAAUUUAAUUGAUUUAUAUGAACAGUUAGAAAAUUUUUUAAUCAAUCACGAUAAAUUUGACAAAUGUGAAACUGAUGAAUGCAUAGACAACAUUGACGACAAUUUUAUCGACUGUCGAUCAUUUGUUGAUUCCAAUAAAGACGAUGAUACAUCAGCUUUUAACGACAUUGAUAGUCCUCACCCAGUCCUUUUAUCUGAAAACUGUUCUUCAAAAAAUGUCGAAGGUAGCCAAAAGAAAUCAGAAUCUCCAAUGACACUCACUUCUGACCGUCAACAAAAUGUAUCUCUUUGGGAAUUAAGUGGAUUUUUGAGUAUACAAGUUUGUUCAGCACAGUUUCUUGUCGAAAAUAUUGCAAAUUUAAAUUCUUCCUCAACAACCUCCCUCUCCUUAUCAACAAUUUCAUCCUCUUCAAUACAUCAGUCAAAUCCUAACUUAAAUGUUGUACAACAUACAAGCGUGAAUGGUGGAGCUGCUUUAGAUGGAAGUUAUGUUGUACGAGUGGGAAUAUUUCAUGGUAGUCAGUUUUUAAUUGAAUGUCAAACAACUAAAGAAAGACCGGGAAACUACUUAACAUGGCGUGAAUGGCUUAAUUUUCACAUUCUGUUAGCUGAUCUACCUAUUGCUACACGCAUCUGUGUAGCGCUUAUACGAAUUAGAAAAAUUGUGGAUCGAAAAAAUGUGAGAUUUUGUGAAUACCUAUAUGGCUGGGGUAAUGUCAGUUUAUUUGAUCACAAUGAUUUCAUGAUCACGGGUGAAAUCACUUUAAAUUUAUGGCCACCCUCUUUAGUUCAGACGGCGGAUGAAAGUCUUCAUCCUUGUGGCACUGUACUUGGUAACCCCAAUCCUGAAUUCUCAGUACAGAUCAAAAUUCAUAAUCCAACUCAGGGUCGUAUUCGUCGACCAACAGUGAAUUGUUUUAUCAAUGCAUAUCAUACAAAAAAAUUUCAUUCCUCUUCAUCCCAAUCCUAUUCAGAUAGUCAUUCAUUAAAAUUACGCAAUGAUAGUUAUGCUAAGAGUACAAAAGUAGAUUAUUCAUUUUGCACAAGUGAACUAGAAGGUGAUGUGGAUACUUGUUUAGACAUAGAAUCAAAUAAUAAUUUAACAACAAUUCAUAAUAAUGCUUAUGUAGGAGAUAUAUCAUUAGAAUUUGUAUCUAAUAUGUCUUUUCAGAAUAACACUAUUACUUCAUCAGUAACAAAUUUAACCAAUAAAAUAUUAGAAUCAAGAUUACGUGAAAUAGUUAGUCGUGAUCCAUUAUAUGAAUUAUGUGAACAAGAAAAAGAUUAUUUAUGGCGUGGUCGUUACUGGUGUCUAAAUAAUUUACCUUCAGCAUUACCAUGGAUAUGUCAAGUUGUUAAUUGGUGUGGUCGUGAAACGUUAGCAGAAUUCUACACUCUUAUACAUCAAUGGCCACAACCAUUUAGUGUUGACAUAGCUUUACGUUUACUUGGCGCAUUCGAUUUAACAAGAAGUAAUUCAAAUCUUAUUGAUUUACCAAAUGGAAUAAAAGUUGGAGCAAGUGGAAUAGCUGAUUCAUAUUUACGUGAAUUAGCUGUAAAUAGUUUGUAUAAUCUUAGUGAUGCUGAAUUGAGUGAUUAUCUGUUACAACUGGUUCAGGCCCUUAAAGCUGAAACCUAUUUGGACAAUGCAUUAACUCGUUUUAUCUUAUAUCGUGCUUUAAAAAAUCCUCUACAAAUUGGUUUACGAUUGUUUUGGCAUUUACGUUCUGAACUUCAUUUGCCAGAUAUGCGCCUUCGAUUCAGUCUAAUAUUAGAAGCAUUUUGUCGAGGUUGUGGACCAAUGUUAGUAUUACUUUCUCGUCAAGUAACUGCUCUUAAUCGUUUAGAAGCGUUAAGUACACGUUUAAAAGAAUUGACUAGUGAAGAAGAACAACGUGAACUAUUCCGUGAAGAGAUAUCUCGAACAGAAACCCAACAUGAUCUUCAAUGGUUACCAUCUCCGUUAUGCUUAAGUGAAAUCUUGGGUGAAUUAUUAAUUCACAAAUGCGAUGUUAAGCGAUCUAAAAAAAAACCAUUAUGGCUUGUAUGGACAAAUCCUGAUAGACUGGCACAAUUUCAUCAUCAAAACUAUCAACUGAUAUUUAAACACGGUGAUGAUCUCCGUCAAGAUAUGCUGACACUUCAGUUACUCAAAUUAAUGGAUCGUAUAUGGAAAGAAGAAGGUAUGGAUAUGUGUUUAACAUCAUAUGGUUGUUUUGCAACAGGUUAUGAAAUGGGAAUUAUUGAAGCAGUACGUGAUUCACGUACUGUAAUGUCUAUACAGGGUGAACGUUUACGUUCCGCUUUACAAAUUGAUUCAUCACAGUUAUAUAAAUGGUUAAUACAACAUGCUAAACAAAAGGCAAGACAAUUAAAUCAUUCACCAUUAGGUGAUAAUUCUGCCUAUGAACGAAUGAUACGUACAUUUACUAUGUCAUGUGCUGGUUAUUGUGUUGCUACAUUUAUUUUGGGAAUUCGUGAUAGACAUCCAGAUAAUAUAAUGGUUGAUUCAACUGGGCGAUUGUUUCAUAUUGAUUUUGGACACAUCUUAGAUAAUCGUAAGAAGAAGUUUGGUUUCACGCGUGAACGUGUACCAUUUGUUUUGACAAAAGAUUUUAUUACAGUAAUUGCACGUGGUAAUCCUGAUGCUGGGACAAUAACAACAACUAAUACUCCGCCAUCAGUCACCCAUAAUACUAUCGGAGGAAUAUACGGUAAUAUGUAUUUCCAAGAAUUCACUGAUUUAUGUGGUAAAGCUUACCUUCUUUUACGUAAACAUUCAAAUCUCAUAUUAACAUUAUUAGCUAUGAUGUUACCUUCUGGAUUACCUGAGCUAACUUCAGUGUGUGAUUUGGAACAUGUAAGAAAGACUUUAGCUGUCGAAAUUGAUAAUGAACAAGAAGCACUUGCUUAUUUUCACCAUAAAUUUAAUGAAGCCUAUUCUGGUGCAUGGACAACAAAAAUUGAUUGGUUUUCACAUUGGAUGAAUACAUGAGUGACUGCACAAGAUAUUAGUAAUACUGUUACAUGAAUUCAUUUAAUUUAUUUUCUAUGAGCAAUAUGAUUUGAUAUACUCAUUUACUUAUCGCACUGUAUAUUCUACUGAUAUUCUUCAAUGCUUUGUAACCAAUUGAAACAGAAUUGUAUCUUAAACCUAUAGUCUUUUGAGGCAAUGAAACAGAAUGCAAUUGGACGUAUAAUUUUAUCAAUAAAAUUCAACGUUAUUUGAUUUUGGGUUGGUUUAUUGCGUAUUUUAAAUUGUUUGUCAUUAUCGUAUAACAUACCACGAUCCUACUUUUCAAUACCUAAACUUUGGACUGUUAAUUGAGUAAGAACGUCUGCUAAAUUUUAAUAUGAUAUUCUUCCUAACCAAUUUAAAUUUAGGCAGUCUAAAUACUAGUUCGAGUUUAGAACUGGAGCUUUAGUUAAUUAAUGCAGUCUAGCAACUAGCUUCAAGCUAUUCGUCCGUACUUUAUUUCAAAAGUAGUGAUCUCUACACUCUAUCGACUUUCUAAAGUACGAACCAACUAUAACAUGGUUCAUUAAGAUACCCCUAGUUCAUACAUCAACAUCUAAACAAUACUCACUAUGAGUAGAUUUCCGUUCAAAAUUUUCAAAGUUCUGUCACUCGUUGACUAAAAUGCGAUUGUGUAGAUUUUGAUUAUUUCAAAAUAAAAUCAAUGACUUCAAUCCUCGCUUGGAUAUCUGGAUAAUACAACGUCGUUUUCUCUACUGACCUCAGUCACUCUAAGAGACAAAUUCUGCAAAGAAGAUCGGUUAGUAGAGAUAAAAAAAAUCAGUUGAAGAGUCCAAUACAAGCAGUUCAAUGAAGGUACAACAACCUUAGUAAAGAAAGCAAAAAUUUAUUAAACCAAAAGAGCUACGGAAUAAUAAGAAAACAGCAUCUUCAAAUCCAAUUAAAAUAAGUGACGAAAGAAAUAAAAAUGAUGAGCGAUUGUUGGGCAUGUGACAGUUAUCGACUUAAUGUGAUUUUCAUCCAGUCACCUUUCUACGUUUUCCGUUGUAUUGAUUUGUUCCUAGUGAAUUCUACUUAUUAACUUCGAAUGUGUUUUCACGUGUACCGAUUAUUCAGUGAGUUAUUUACUUUUUCCCUCGUAUUGAUUAAUCCUGUGAUUUUGUGUUGAAUGACAAAUGCUUUGUUUCACAAAAGUAAUCAAUGCUCAUUGAACAGUCGAUUUAUAGUUGAAUAAACUUGAGUGCAAAUUACUUCUUCUGGGAUCUUCCUUCAAAAACUUACAUUCUCUCUCGUCCAAUCUCAAGGGGGCUUGUUGAUGAAUUUUUAUGUGUAGUAGUAACUUGGUCUAUCCAGAUCCCAUUUCGUAUCAGAAGGAUCUCCCAAUCGUUCAUAAUCAGAAAAUAGUGAACCCAAACUCAAUUCACAACAACAAGUGGCUUAUUUUAUUUGCGCUCCUAUAAAUGGAUAACUCCUAAAUUAGGAUUGUGAGCCAGUGUUGCUUCAAUUAAGAGCUGGAUAUUCAUGAUUUCGAUUACGAGGUGAUUCGUCGACACGCAGUCAAGUUAGAUGACAUAGUUUCGGAAGUGUUCGGUUUUUAGUAGCCAAUCAACUUUUUGGUAUCAUUUCUGUUGAAACAAAACCUUAGGUUUAUGUGUGUACUGAAAAAGAAUAGUCAACAAACCAUUUAAAUGUCAUUUUUUCCUUGAUUAGUUGUUAAUUUUGGUAGGAAAACUUCAUUAUCUUAGUCAGUGACCUAAAACUAACCCUUUAUACGCACAAAGUAGGGACGAAAGAAAAAGAUGAUUUCUAAAUUACUGUCAAUCGUUUCAGAUGUAGAUUUGAUGUUUUAUAGAUUGCAUACCAGCACAGACAUUUGUCAAAUUAGUUACAUUUGAAAAUAUAUCUGAACUCCUUCGUGUUAUCACAGGAGAAUGGAUUAUUUUUGGGUACUCAAAUCGCGUCAGACUUUAAUAGCCAGUAGUUACACUAAUGAAGCUCAGUGAUUUACAUCAUUAAAGCAUGUGCUAAGUCUUAAACUGAUUUCAAUUCGAGUCAAUCAAACCCACAUUUACAAAAUCUGAAUGACACUUCAUUAAUAAUAUGUGACUCACUUUGAAACAGUAAAUUAAUUGAAUUUCAAGUUAGGUGAGUUUUAAGUUGACUAAAUAACCUGAUUAUGCUCAACACAUACUCAACCGAUCGAAACGAUAAAUAAAGUCGCAACUAAUACUUUAAAAGAAGAAUAAAAUUGUUUAAAAACGGCAAUGUGUAUAAGAAAGAAUGAACAAAACAAAAGAGAACAAAAAUAACUUUAUUAUAAAAAAAAGAUUGAUAAAGAAAUAUACAUAUAUGUAUGAUAUAAUACAAAAAUAACAUAUUUCUGCAACACUAAUAUAAUGGUG